AUGGCUGACGCCGUCCCCGCUGCGCUGCGCUUAGCCGAUGUCAAUAUCUGGAAAUGCGCCACCAAGGCCACCCAGCUCCGAUCGGUCAAGCCUAUUAUGGUUUAUUGGUGUGAAUAUUGGGCCGUCAACCAGAUCCUGGCUAAGGAACUGCACAACACGGACGAGGGCAUCCUCAGCUAUACAACCGCAUUGAUCGAUAAGCUCGAGCAAACCAAAGCAGAGAACCCGACCGAAGAUGCCAUCAUAGACGACACCGCGGGCCAGGCAUACGUAGAGCAGUUUGCGCAGGAAACCCUCGAUCGAGCAGAACGGGUUGUGAAGGCGAAUCGUGUGACACAGCAAACCGCUGUGACGUUCGACGCCGCCGCAACCUUUUUUCACGUCGUGAAUAUCUGGGGUCCCGUGGAUCAAGAGACACAGCAAAAGAUCAAGUACGCAAAAUGGAAUGCGGCGCGUAUUGCUAAAGCCAUAAAGGAGGGUAAAGACCCCAACGAGUCGAACCCCAAACCCGAAGAGCCCGUGCAACCGGAGCCGGAGCCAGCAAACGCAGGCCCACGCCCUGUGACGGUUGAGGAUGCGCCGGACACCGAUAGUCUCCGAGAUGUUGCGGGGACCUCGUUACCUCACAGCCCCGCGCCUGCGGAACCAUCUCCGGUUUCUGAUCCCGGGCUCCAGCUUCCAGGAGUGCCCACAAACCUGAGUCAACCCGCGGCCCCCUCUGGCUAUUUUGGCCCCGACGCUUCAAUAACACCACCCUCGAACCUCCCAUCAGCUCCUACCAGCUGGAGUACAUCACCCCAACAUCCCUCGGCGCCUCCGGUCACAUGGUCAUCGCCAGCCGCCAGCCCUUCGUCUGCCAGUGGUUUCUACCAACAGCCAUCACAACCCGCUGCACCCCCAACUGCACCUCCCACAUUCGCCGCGAGCCCUCCAGCCACAGCCGCCACGGCGCCGCUUCCCACCAGCCCUCCCACAGAUUCUCACCGUGUAAUUCCAACGGCUAGUGCUCCCGCAGCCCCCAAUGCCCUCCUACCGAUGGGCUUAGCGCCGCCUUCCGGAUAUUCACCAGUUGGGGCCCAGCCGUCAGGUGCCUUCACAACCGAUGAGGCGGCAAUCGUGGGGGCGCAGAAGCAUGCGAAAUGGGCCAUUUCGGCUCUGAACUUUGAGGAUGUGCCCACGGCAGUGCGGGAACUCCGGAGAGCGUUGGAGUUGCUUACUGCGACAUAG